UCAGUAUAGUAAUAAAUGAUGUGUAAUCUUCCUACAGAUUUUUUACAGACCUGUAGAGGUUCGACAAAUAUAGCCAUCCAUAGGAGGUUGGCUAAAAUUAUAGACAACAGUCUCAUGUGGUUGGAGUGCGCUUUUUUCAACAGAUUGGCUAUAUUUUUUAUAUAUGGUAUGCCAACUCAUUUUUUACCUAAGGGUUUUGUAAGGUUGGAGAUGCUCUAACAUUCUAAAAAGAUGGGCACAUAUAUUUAACAAAAUUUAACUCUCCAAACAAGAGAGAACAUAAAUCACUCCAAACAUAUAGUUCUGAUCUGUCACCGCUGGUAUGGAAAAAUGGACAUCUAAUAAUGGAAAUAGUAUUAUUUCGCUCACAUGUUUCCGCCCUACUGUUUGAAAAAUUAAGCAUCAAUCAGCUUGCAUUGGUUUAAUCGCAGAUCAUAUUCAACUAAGUAUUUGUCCCCAAAAAACUUUGUCGCAUACUCUAACAUUUUCAUCCAUGAAUGCAUCUCCCGGAACCUAUAUAACCAGAGACUAAUUUGUUAAUCUUCAACAUAAAAUUUAAAGUAACAAGCAUGGGCAACAAAUCUUGUUUCUUGAUCUUACUCUUUGCCGCAAUGACUAGCAGCUCUUACAGUGGCAGCAUUGCAAUCUACUGGGGCCAAAAUGUGGAGGAGGGAUCGUUAGCUGAUACGUGUUCCUCAGGAAACUUUGCUUAUGUCAACAUAGCAUUUCUUGCUGUUUUUGGAAAUUACCAAGUUCCAGGCUUGAACUUAGACAAACACUGUGAUCCUCUGAGCAAGGGAGGAUGCACUGGCUUAGCAAACGACAUCAAGUCGUGCCAAAGACAAGGCGUGAAGGUCAUGCUCUCUAUCGGAGGGGGGGAUGGCUUCUAUUUCCUGUCCUCCACGCAGGACGCAAAAAAUGUGUCUCAGUACUUAUGGGAUAACUUUCUGGGAGGAACAUCAGAAAGUAGGCCAUUUGGUGAUGCUGUGUUGGAUGGCAUUGAUUUUGAUAUUGAAGGAGGUACAUUAGACCACUGGGAUGAGCUUGCAAGAUUUCUUAAAGGAUUCAAGUCGAGUAAGAAGGUUUACCUGACAGCAGCACCACAAUGUCCCUUCCCCGACACGUACAUGGGCAAAGCUCUGUCAACUGGACUUUUUGAUGACAUAUGGAUUCAGUUCUACAACAACUACUGCGAGUACAAUGGUGAUGCAUCUGCACUAAAAGUUACUUGGGAUCAAUGGACAAGUAAUGUUACUGCUACAAAUUUCUUUCUUGGUCUCCCUGCUGCACCGGCCGGUGCAGCAAGCGGAUUUGUUCCUGCAGAUGUUCUGAUAGCAAAGAUCCUGAUAUUGAUCAAGAGCACCAAGAAUUAUGGAGGAGUGAUGCUUUGGUCUAGAUACUAUGAUGAGCUCACUGGUUACAGUUCUGCCAUCAAGUCUCAUGUUUAAUUUUUGCAUUUCAUGAAUGGGUGGUUAAUUAUCUAAUUGAUCACUGAAGUGAGCUUAAUGUUGGUCACCGAACUCAAAACGGUAUCAAUAUGAUCACUGAAGUGGCCAUAAAUAUCAAACAAGUACCUUGGAAUAUGAGUUCAAGCAGUAAAAAUAUUAUUUAUAAUGUUUUAUACAUUAUUUUUAAAUGUUACC